AAAAAGUGCACUUGGCGGCCAGGCCGGGAAGGUGCUUGGCCAUAGCUACCGGUCCAUGUUCGCAAAGCACUGGAAACAGAAAUCAGUCCCCUCCUUCGGGCUGCGCAUUAUUGCAAACCCAGGGAGACGCAAUCAAACCCACAGCGCAUCGAUGCGCCGCCGCCAGCGCUCCGCUCUCCGGGCCCCGGGAUUGCACAAAUGAACUCGGACAGACGCACGCACCCGCCGCCUCUUGCCUGUUGCGGCCGCCGCGGCUCCAGCCCCGCCGCCGGCUCUGAGGACCGCUGAUCCUGCAGCGGCUGCUGCUGCGGCCGCCGGGGCCGGCCAGGCUGUACGCGCCUCCCCGCUGGAUGCCGUGAGCCCCCUCCCCCCGGGGAGGGCCGGGGCCCGUACUGGAAGAGGAGCGAGGGCUCCCCUCUGCCCCCUCCUCUCCUCUUCUCCAUCCUCGGAUUUCCUUCUCCCCCUCCACCUCCAAUUCUCUGCCCCCCCAUCCCCCCAACCAGGCGCACCUCAUCUGGGGCCGGGGAGGGGGAGGCCGGGUUGCGCCUCCCCCUCCUCCUCCUGCCUCCGGGGCGAUUUGUCAAACUUCCCAUUCUGCCGGCAGCUCCGUCCUCCUACCACCUUCCCUCCCUCCUCCUUUCUCCUCUUCUUCCUCCUCCCUCUCCCUCCUGCUCCCUCCUCCCCCUUCCCCUCUCCUCCUCCCUCACGUUUGUGGGAUCGUGUAUGAGCGAGAAGGGGGGAAAAAGCUGAGAGACUGGAGGAAGCAGGAUCACACAGGAGAUCUCCGGGGGGGAGGCUGAGAUAACUCUGCCAACCUCCCCCCCCAGAGCUCCCACCCCAGCGCCACCCACUCCCCUCCCCUCUCCUCCUACCCCUCCCCGCUCGCCGCCCCCCUACCCCUGGCAAGCAGCAGCAGCGGCGGCGGCGGCGGCGGCGGCGGCAGCAGCAGCAGCAGUCGCUGGAGAGCAGGAUGCCGAGGAGAAAGCAGCAAGCGCCCCGGCGCGCAGCAGCCUAUGUUUCAGAUGAAUUGAAGGCAGCUGCCUUGGUUGAUGAAGACAUGGACCCUGAUGAAACUGCAGCAGAUGGGGAACCCUCCGCCAAAUAUGCCUGCCCUGAGAAAGAAUUCAGUAAGACCUGUCCCAGCUAUCAGAACUCUCCGGCUGCUGAAUUUUCUAGCCAUGAGAUGGACAGCGAGUCUCACAUUAGUGAGACCAGUGAUCGAAUGGCUGACUUUGAAAGCAGCUCCGUUAAAAACGAGGAGGAGAGCAAGGAGGUUGCCAUCCCCCUGGAAGACUCAGCAGUGUCCGACAGCCUGGAGCAGAUGAAAGCUGUCUACAACAACUUUCUCUCCAACUCGUACUGGUCCAACCUCAACCUGAACCUGCACCAGCCCUCCUCAGACAAGAAUAAUGGGAGCAGCAGCAGCAGCAGCAGUAGCAGCAGCAGCUGUGGGAGUGGCAGCUUUGAUUGGCAUCAGAGUGCCAUGGCUAAGACGCUGCAGCAAGUGUCUCAGAGCCGCAUUCUCCCAGAGCCCAGUCUCUUUAGCACAGUACAAUUGUACCGACAAAGCAGCAAGCUCUAUGGGUCCAUAUUUACCGGGGCCAGCAAAUUCCGCUGCAAAGACUGUAGUGCAGCCUACGAUACUUUAGUGGAAUUAACAGUGCACAUGAACGAAACGGGACAUUAUCGAGAUGACAACCACGAGACUGAUAACAACAAUCCCAAGAGGUGGUCCAAACCCCGCAAAAGGUCCUUGCUGGAAAUGGAAGGAAAGGAAGAUGCUCAGAAAGUUUUAAAGUGCAUGUACUGUGGCCAUUCUUUUGAGUCUCUCCAGGACUUGAGUGUUCAUAUGAUUAAAACAAAACACUACCAAAAAGUGCCUCUGAAGGAACCCGUCACGCCUGUUGCAGCCAAGAUCAUUCCCGCCACCAGAAAGAAAGCUCCACUGGAGCUUGAGCUUCCCAGCUCCCCCGAUUCCACAGGUGGGACCCCAAAGGCAACUAUCUCAGACACGAAUGACGCUCUGCAGAAGAACUCCAACCCCUACAUCACGCCAAAUAACCGCUACGGCCACCAGAAUGGGGCCAGCUAUGCCUGGCACUUUGAGGCCCGGAAAUCCCAGAUCCUCAAGUGCAUGGAGUGCGGCAGCUCUCAUGACACUUUGCAGGAGCUCACGGCGCACAUGAUGGUGACCGGACACUUCAUCAAGGUCACUAACUCGGCCAUGAAGAAAGGGAAGCCUAUCAUCGAGGCUCCCGUCACUCCAACCAUCACAGCUCUGCUUGAUGAGAAGGUACAGUCUGUGCCUCUGGCAGCCACCACAUUUACCUCUCCCUCCAACACACCCUCGAGCAUUUCUCCGAAACUAAACGUGGAGGUCAAAAAGGAAGCUGACAAAGAGAGAGUGGUGACUGAGGAAAAAACUAAGGACAAAGAAAAAUCACCCGAAGAAGAGGAAAAGUAUGAUAUCUCUUCUAAGUAUCAUUAUUUGACUGAAAAUGACUUAGAGGAGAGUCCCAAAGGAGGGUUGGAUAUCUUAAAGUCACUAGAAAACACAGUCACGUCGGCUAUUAACAAAGCCCAGAACGGGACUCCCAGCUGGGGUGGCUACCCCAGCAUCCAUGCAGCUUAUCAACUCCCCAACAUGAUGAAACUGUCCCUGGGCUCCUCAGGGAAGAGCACACCCCUGAAACCCAUGUUUAGCAAUAGUGAGAUCGUGUCGCCCACAAAGACCCAGACCCUGGUAUCUCCGCCCAGCAGCCAAACCUCCCCCAUGCCAAAGACCAACUUCCACGCCAUGGAAGAGCUGGUCAAGAAAGUCACCGAGAAAGUCGCCAAAGUCGAAGAAAAAAUGAAGGAACCCGAGGGGAAGCUCUCUCCCAUGAAAAGGGCCACCCCUUCCCCGUGCAGCAGCGAGGUGAGCGAGCCCAUCAAGAUGGAGGCCUCCAGCGACGGCGGCUUCAAGAGCCACGAGGCCAGCCCCAGCCCUCAGAGGGAGGGGGGCAAGGAGAGCAGCCCCCUGGCCGAGCCGGUGGAGAACGGCAAGGAGCUGGUGAAGCCCAUGACGAGCGGCUUGAGCAGCAGCACAGCCAUCAUCACCGACCACCCCCCCGAGCAGCCCUUCGUUAACCCCCUGAGCGCUCUCCAGUCGGUCAUGAAUAUCCACCUGGGGAAGGCGGCCAAGCCUUCCCUGCCCGCCCUCGACCCCAUGAGCAUGCUCUUCAAGAUGAGCAACAGCCUGGCGGAGAAGGCGGCGGUGGCGACACCCCCCCUGCCGUCCAAGAAAGCGGACCACUUGGACCGCUAUUUCUACCACAUCAACAACGACCAGCCCAUUGACUUGACGAAAGGGAAGACUGACAAAAGCUGUUCUCUAGGUUCAGUGCUCUUGUCACCCACGUCGACAUCCCCUGCCACCUCCUCAUCCGCGGUGACAACGGCGAAGACGUCGGCCGUCGUGUCGUUCAUGUCAAACUCGCCGCUCCGUGAGAAUGCCUUGUCAGAUAUCUCUGAUAUGUUGAAGAACCUGACAGAGAGCCACACGUCAAAAUCUUCCACACCUUCCAGCAUCUCUGAAAAGUCCGACAUUGAUGGGACCACGCUGGAGGAGCCCGAGGAGACGACCCCAGCCCAAAAGAGGAAAGGGCGCCAGUCCAACUGGAACCCCCAGCACCUGCUGAUCCUGCAGGCCCAGUUCGCUGCCAGCCUCCGGCAGACAUCGGAGGGGAAAUACAUCAUGUCGGACCUGAGCCCCCAAGAGCGGAUGCACAUCUCCAGGUUCACGGGCCUCUCGAUGACCACCAUCAGCCACUGGCUGGCCAAUGUGAAAUACCAGCUCAGAAGGACAGGGGGAACGAAGUUCCUCAAAAACCUGGACACUGGCCACCCCGUGUUCUUUUGUAACGACUGUGCGUCACAAAUCAGGACUCCUUCCACGUACAUCAGUCACCUGGAGUCACAUCUGGGUUUCAGAUUGAGGGACUUGUCCAAACUGUCCAAUGAACAGAUUAACAAUCAGAUAGCACAAACUAAGUCCCCGUCGGAAAAACUGGUGACGUCGUCUCCCGAAGAGGAGCUGGGGACUUCCUACCAGUGCAAACUUUGCAAUCGGACCUUUGCAAGCAAGCAUGCCGUUAAACUUCAUCUUAGCAAAACACACGGGAAAUCGCCAGAGGAUCAUCUCCUGUAUGUCUCAGAGCUUGAGAAGCAGUAGCAUUUGCUUUCGAUUAAAAUGACUGUAAUUUGCUUUGAGGAAAACUGUCAAAGGCACCUUAAAGCUACUAUUUCCUUCUUGGCACAUGUUCUUACUCUAACGGCAGAGAAUCACUCUGGGCUGAACUGUUUUGUAUAACUGUACAGUGUUUAAUAGAGGCGCAUAAUCAGCUGUUGUUACUGGUAAAAUAUGAAGGUUAAAAUGCAGUGGUAAGUGUUUGGAACUUUGUGUAAAUUGGAUUUAGUUGUGGGCAUCCCUCCGAUGCUUCAAGCUGCAUGCAUUAACAGACAGUUUAAUUAAGCAUUUAUAAGGAAAUCUGGCACACUUUUUCCAUGUGACCCAAGUGUGUUGGCAUUUCUCACCCUUUAAUCUUUAGCCCUCUGAGUACUUUGAAGCACUUUUGCAUUAAUUUGGUUUAAAAAAAUAAUAAUAAUGAUAAUGUAUGGAGCUCUGGUUUUUUAAAAAAAAAAAUCCUUACCAGCUUAGUUAUAAUUAAUGAUAUGAACCUCCACUUAUGCAGGUCUGCAGGGGUAUAACAAGCCUUGAAAUUAAAAAAAAAAUAUUAUUUUCACAUUGAAACAUAGAUGUAUAUAUUGUAUAGAUUUCAGACUCUCUUAUGAAAAAAAAAUGUGAUCGUGGUUAAAUGACCUUUUUUUCUGCAUUUAUAGCAACAGUGUUUUAUGUACCUGCUAUGCUCUGGGCAUAAGCUGUGCCUAUGUAUAGUGUAUAUUUCUCUCCCCCCACCCCAUUUUUUUUAAGGUCUAUGUUUUUUUUUUUGUUUUGUUUUUGUUUUUUGUUUUUACAUUCAAACAUUGUAAAUUAUACAAAAGAUACCACAGAUAGCAUUUAUAAAGUAUGCAGAAACAUUAUUCUAAAAGCAAAGUAUGAUUGUUUUGCUAUACAGUACAUCUAUAUUGAUAGAGGUUCAUGUUUAAAUUAUGCAUAUUUAUUAGCAUCAUGUUAUCUUUUGUUUUGAGCAGUCUGAUAACAGAGGCCAGGGAGGGCAUCCGUGGCAAGCAUCAUAACUAUUUUGCACAUGAUUUUUAAAGGUAUUUAUUAGAAAUCAAAGGAAGUUCAAAACAAACUCAGUGCUCAAAGGGUUAAGUCUAUUUGAAAAGGAAAGGAAAAAAAAAAAAAAAACUUGUACUGUAUUUCCUAAACAUUGAUAAAGCCUUUAAAAUGUUUGUACUGUAACACUUUGCUUAAAAGUUAUGAGGCAUUCUGUGAUUCAACCUCUUUUACUUAUUUAUAAGUCUUCUUGGUUGCUAUUUCAUAUUGUAGAAUGCCUUUUUAUUUCAAUUGGUAACUUUCUGUUUUGUUCUGCCUAAUUAUUCUCCCAAGAUUCCAUACUCCAGCUUUAUCUUUAGGCAUAUGAAAGGUAACCCGUGGUUACCGGCACACUAAGUGAUUCUGUUCGUCUCCAUUUUUGGCAGUUAAUUUGCAAAAGUAACUGACAGCUGACACCAUAUGAGAAUCUAUGUAUAAAAUAUUGGCAUGUAAACAGCACAGACCCUGUAACGCACUCUGUGCCCUGUUUUGUUGUUGACAAUGAAGCACCAUUAUAUGACUCUUCAUAUAACCUUUUUUUCUACUGCAGCAUUAAAAUUGUCUUUUUGCUAUAA